UCACUGGUCGGCACCUCCAACACACACAAAGCCAUCCCAGGCCGCCCGCAAACGUUCAAGCGUCGUAUGCUUUGAUGACAUUCUUCUAGGAUAUCUUCUCGUCUUUGUCUACCUUUUCUGCAACUCGACCGAGUUAUGAGGCGGUCAUGGAUACAGUCAAAGAGGCUCUGAGACGGACGAAACACUUUCGACUAUCGCCCGAGGCCAAAGAGCAGGCUCUGAAAGAUACCACCUGGGUUCAUGGCCUCAAAGGAAUCGCCGCUGUGCUCGUCGUCUCAUCACACCUCGUUCUCUGCUAUGCCAGGAAUCUCAUUCCACCAUGUUGCGCCCCCGGCAGUACUUCUCCGUCGCUCCUCCAAUGGCCGGUUUUUCGCCUCGUUGCCAGCGGACAUUCAUGGGUGGCAAUAUUUUUCAUUGUGAUGGGCUUCGUCAACGCCUUGAAACCUCUCAAACUCACUCGAUCUGGUCAGGCUGAAGAAGCUCACAGCAAACUCGCAUCAUCGUCGUUCAGUCGAAUCUUCCGGCUCGUGCUUCCGGCCACCGCCGCCACCAUCAUCAGUUGGUUCAUAUGCAACAUCGGAUUAUACGAGAGGGCCAGUCUCAGCGACGCCUACUGGUUGAAUGAGAAUACCCCUUCACCGAGUUCGAGCUGGCUACAAGCCUUUGCAGAUCUCCUGGACGGGUUGACCUCGACUUGGAUGUUUGGAGUUGAGAACCAAUAUGAUCAGCCGCAAUGGGCUUUGGUCUACCUUCUGCAAGGAAGUGUCAUGAUCAUCAGUGUACUGCUGCUCGUCACCUCGAUGACUACCCUCUGGCGAACUGUGACACUGGCGGUCCUUUCGAUCUGGAGUUUGAAUUGGAGCUGGGUGAUUGGUGAUCCCUGGACCGGUUUAUGUUGCUUUGCUGGCAUCAUGCUCGCCGAGCUGAGUCUGUCAACCCUCCCUAGGACCGCGGCCGAUCUGUCACCCUAUCUUUCGCCACUAUUGAUCCCACUAUCUCUUUUCCUCAUGUCAUAUCCAGGUUCGUACGCCGAGUCAGCUGGCUGGUCCAACUGGCUUUACGAGAGCGCCGUCCACUUCCUGCCGGAAAUCGUAAACGGAAACUUGGAUCGCAUGUACGGCUCACUUGGCGGUAUAUUGCUGAUGGUUGGUAUCAUCAUUUCUCCGCAUGCGCGUUGGGUACUCAGCAGACGACCCCUCGUCUGGCUUGGUGAGGUCAGCUUUGCCAUCUACCUGCUUCAUGGCAUGCUGUUGCGCACUGUGUUCGCAUGGAUCCUGCAACUCGGCCAACCAAUGACGCCAUUCGGUCGGAGAGCCGAAAAUGGAGCCGAAUAUCGUAUCGAGCGAUAUCCUGUUCCGGGGUUUAUGCAUUGCACGCUGGCUACGCUCGUUCUGGCAUUGUGCAUCGCCGGUGCAAGCCAUGUCUGGAACAUGAAAUUGGAACCGCUCUUUGGAAAAAUCACCAACAAACUCGAAGGACUAAUGACUGCGAAGACCUCAGUCGAGCUGAACUCUCCGGAAAAGAGUAUCUUGCCGAUUCGAAAGGAUUGAAUAUGAAGUUAUGACACAUGAAGGAUGAACAGUUUUUGACUUGCCGCAUCAUUGCGUUCAGCGCUCGACAGACGCCGUCUUUCAUGGACGGCCCUCGAUAUACCUCGAUAGCAUUCAGCAA